CCGAGGGCCCCGGCGCCAUGUUGGGGCUGAGGGGAAGGCAGAGAAGCGCUUGAAGCGGCGGGAGCGGAGAGGGAGUGGGAGCGGGAGCGGGUUGGACCCGGGCCGGCAGGAGCCCCGCCCCUCCCGCCUCAGCGGAUCAUGACCCGGGCGGAGGUCGCGGUGGCGGGGGAAGUGGCGUGGCGGGGCCGGCGCUAGAGAUGAUGCCGUUUCCGGUGACGACCCCUGGAUCACAACAGACGCCGCCGCCGCCCAAGCGCUGUGGCAUCUCCUCCCCCAUCAGUUUAGCAGCCCCCAAGGAGACUGACUGCGUACUUACCCAGAAGCUAAUCGAAACCCUGAAGCCCUUCGGGGUUUUUGAAGAGGAAGAGGAACUGCAGCGCCGGAUUUUAAUUUUGGAAAAAUUAAAUAAUCUGGUGAAGGAAUGGAUACGGGAGGUCAGUGAAAGCAAGAGCCUUCCACAAGCUGUAAUUGAAAAUGUUGGCGGGAAAAUCUUUACGUUCGGCUCUUACAGGUUAGGAGUACACACGAAAGGUGCCGAUAUCGAUGCGUUGUGCGUUGCUCCAAGACAUGUUGACCGAAGCGACUUUUUCACCUCGUUCUAUGAUAAAUUGAAACUACACGAAGAAGUGAAAGAUUUAAGGGCUGUUGAGGAGGCGUUUGUGCCAGUUAUUAAACUGUGUUUUGAUGGGAUAGAGAUUGAUAUUUUGUUUGCAAGGUUGGCGCUGCAGACCAUUCCAGAAGAUUUGGACCUAAGAGAUGACAGUCUGCUUAAAAAUUUAGAUAUUAGAUGCAUAAGAAGCCUUAACGGUUGCCGGGUGACAGAUGAAAUUUUACAUCUGGUACCCGACAUUGACAACUUCAGGUUAACUCUGAGAGCUAUCAAAUUGUGGGCCAAAUGUCACAAUAUCUAUUCCAAUAUAUUAGGUUUCCUAGGAGGUGUUUCCUGGGCCAUGCUAGUGGCAAGAACUUGCCAGCUCUAUCCAAAUGCGAUAGCAUCGACUCUUGUACGUAAGUUUUUCUUGGUGUUUUCUGAAUGGGAGUGGCCAAAUCCAGUGCUACUGAAAGAGCCCGAAGAACAGAACCUUAAUUUGCCUGUAUGGGACCCAAGAGUAAAUCCCAGUGAUAGGUACCAUCUUAUGCCCAUAAUCACACCAGCGUACCCACAGCAGAACUCCACAUACAAUGUGUCUGUUUCAACAAGGAUGGUCAUGAUUGAGGAGUUUAAACAAGGGCUGGCCAUUACACACGAAAUUUUGCUGAGUAAGGCAGAGUGGUCCAAGCUUUUUGAAGCUCCAAGCUUCUUUCAAAAGUACAAGCAUUAUAUUGUACUUCUAGCAAGUGCACCAACAGAAAAACAACAUCUAGAAUGGGUGGGCUUGGUGGAAUCAAAAAUCCGAAUCCUGGUUGGGAGCUUGGAGAAGAAUGAAUUUAUUACUCUGGCGCAUGUGAAUCCUCAGUCAUUUCCAGCUCCUAAAGAAAAUCCGGACAGGGAAGAAUUUCGCACGAUGUGGGUGAUUGGGUUAGUGUUAAAAAAGCCGGAAAACUCUGACGUUCUCAGUGUUGAUCUCACCUAUGAUAUCCAGUCUUUCACGGAUACGGUUUAUAGGCAAGCAAUAAAUACUAAGAUGUUUGAGGUAGAUAUGAAAAUUGCUGCAAUGCAUUUAAGAAGAAAGGAACUUCAUCAACUACUACCUAAUCAAGUGCUUCAGAAAAAGAAAACACAUUCAGCGGAAGGUGUCACUUUGACAGCUUUGAAUGACAACAGCCUUGACUUCUCUGUAGACGGUGAAGACGGCAUGUCUGUGCCUUCACCUACUAGCAUUAUGAAGACCGGCCCGACGACUGGCAGCUGUCAGGGCAGAAACAGUCCUGCUCCUGCUAUAAUGGUGGCAUCUGUGACCAAUGUGCAAGUUACUGAAGUCUCCUUGCAACAAGCGAAUCCCAGUGAAAGCUUGGGCGCGUCGGGGGAAAGCAUUCCUCAGACUGCCUCACCACCAGCCCUUUGUCCGCCACCAAAGCCCACAGUUGCCAGAGUUGUUUCUUCUACACGUCUGGUAAGUCAUCCGCCCAGGCCUUCAGGGGGCACUGCAACAAACAUAGCUAAUCCUAUAGUGGGAGUCUAGCAGACGUUCUCACCUCAGAAAGGACCAAAGCAACUAAAAGAAGAGGAACAAUCUCCUAAAGAGACAGUCUAACUCCACUAGAAACCAUUCAGAUAGUGGCUGGCCAUCUGGAAAACAUCCAGUACAGAACUUUUCAGUAUCCCUGCUCUUCCUGCAGAUCCUGCUCCUGUUACCAAGAAUUCAGUAAGACACACUGAACUGACAAAAACACCCUCCAGGGUCCGUAAACAAGAUCUGCCAACUCAACCUGUUGUCUUCAAAUGCCACAGGAAGAGAAUGGAGGGUACCAAACGAGAUUUGACUCAAAAUAGAUUUAGCCUUAUUUGGUAACUUCCUUUACUUGGCUAAUCUUGAUCAGAAGUCCAGGUUAGUAGGUGAAGCUAGAACUGUUAUUAAUGUGUCAGCAGCAGUCGUAGCAACUACUUUAAAGGACUAGUGCCCAUAAAGAGAAAAAAAACAAAAACAAAAAACCCUUCAGCUGGCAACCCCAUGCCUGACAUCUGGACUGGAUUUAUGUUUGAUGCAUUGUUGGGGAAAAUUGGCAAUACAAAUUGGUAUCAGAAUUCCUUAUACUGAUGAUGCACUGUAUGUAUAUUUCUAUUAGAAAGUAGAACUAAUUUUAAGUUUUCCAGCUUGAUGAAUUCUAGUUUUUUCCUGAAGAGUUUUCUUCGUUAUUAAUCGUCAGAUGGGAUGCCGUGGUGCAGUGUGUACUAAACUUCAGAAAAAGUGUAAAAGUACAUCUAAUUCGGUCUCUGUGAGGUAGCCAUAACCCUUUAAAAGUGAAAUGUCAACGCAUAGGGUAUAUAUUUGACAUUGAAGCAGUAGAUAGUCUUUGGUUUUGCUGGGACACAAUCAAGAAAUGAUAUAUUGGUUUUAUCUGUACAAUCGUUUUAGAGCGCAUACAAUCAGCAAACAGCAAAUACAGCCUCAGAGCUAACAAAACUCCCUAGUCUCUUGCCCUUAAUCAUUUUUCCUCAAACAGAAAAGUUUUUUGCCUCUCCCCUCACCCCAACUCCGUUCUCUUUGCUUGUAUGCACAAAGUAUGCUUGUAUGUAGAUUCAUGAAAAUACCUGGAAUGCUAGUAUAUUCUUAACCGUGAUAUGAAGCCAACAGUCCUGCGGCCUCGUGGCACAAAACACUGGAUUUUGGCUCCAUGGCUAAUAUUUUACUAAAACUUUCCUAAAAGUAGCGAAUUGGGAGACACGUUAUUGGCCCUGGAUGGCUCAAACGAGCUCUACGUAUGGGAAAUUUUGUAUGCUGCACAGACUGUGCUAAAGUUAAUUUCCAAUUUUAACAUGUAAGCGAAAAGCCAUUUCCCUCAAAUAUUUAAACCAAUUUUUAUUUUUAAAGGACUCACUAAAAUUCAUCAAUUUUUACAUGUUAAGAUGUAAAAAAUAAUUCCUAGCAAGCACUUGACAUCUAGUCAGCUUUCUGUUUUUGUUUUAUUCUAUAAGAGAUUAGGAAUACCUUCCUUAAUUUAAAAAAAAAAAAAAAAAAAAGACCACUCAUAAUUAA